AUGACCAAAGAUCGAAUUGCAAAUGAUGGCUUGAGCGCGCCUUCAGGGGAUAGCGUCAAAGAGUCGUACUGCGAUAUACUCAUUAUUGGCGCAGGUCCAGCCGGACUCAUGGCUGCCAACUGGCUGGCAGUACAAGGUCUAGGACCCUCGGUGCGCAUAAUCGACAAGCGUAACGACAAGAUUUUCAACGGCCAGGCCGAUGGACUCCAGUGCCGGUCGCUCGAGAUUUUGCACAGCUUUGGUUUAGCAGAAGGCAUCUGGCGCCAAAGCAACCGCAUGAUCGAGAUGCAAUUCUGGAACCCGGGCCCGGACGGACAACUGCAGAGAACCGGUAGGAAGCCCGACACUAUUCCCGGCAUUUCGCGCUGGCAGCAGUGUGUGCUUCAUCAAGGCCGUAUCGAAAAAGUCUUCCUGGACAGUAUCGCCGAGCACUCUAGAAACAAGCUCAGCGUCGAGCGUGCUAUCCUGCCUGAAUCGCUCACGGUCGAUGAAGCGGCCGUCGAUGAUUCUGAGGCUUUUCCGAUUCAAGUCGAGGUUCGCAGGCUAUCGGAAGAAGAAGCUACGGCCUCGCAGAUGGGCCAGAGCAUUCCCAAUGGUCUCUUCCGCUCAUCGCUCGCUCCAGAUGAUACACCGUCGGCAGCGAACGAUGCUCGUGUUGAAUCUGGAACUCGCGAACGUAUCCAUGCCAAGUAUGUGAUUGGCUGCGAUGGCGCCCACUCGUGGACGCGUCGCCAGAUGGGCAGCAAGAUGGAGGGUGACCAAACAUCGUUCGUCUGGGGCGUGCUCGAUGCUGUACCUAUCACCAACUUCCCCGAUGUGCGCAGCCGCUGUGCUAUCCACUCUGCCGACUCAGGUAGUAUGAUGAUUAUCCCGCGCGAGGAUGGCCUAGUGCGAUUCUACAUCCAAGUCUCUGAGCUCAACAAGGGUAUAGACCGAUACAGCAUUACACCGGAGAUGAUCCUCAAGACGGCCAAGGCCAUCAUUGCACCUUAUACACUCGACAUUGGCGAGGGCGAUCUGGAUUGGUGGACGGCCUAUGUCAUCGGACAACGCACCGCUGACAAGUUUUCGCUUUACGAUCGCGUAUUCAUCGCCGGAGAUGCAUGCCACACCCACUCGCCAAAAGCUGGCCAGGGUAUGAAUACUUCGAUGCAAGACGCGUACAAUCUGACCUGGAAGAUCGCCUCCGUGAUCAAGCGUGUCUCGCCAAGAAGUAUUCUGCCAACGUACGAGAUGGAGCGCAAACAGAUUGCGCAAGACUUGAUCACGUUUGACCACAAGUUCAGUCGUCUGUUCAGUGGCAAGCCUGCGAGGGACGAAGCAGAUGCUGCAGGAAUCUCGAUGACCGAGUUCCAGCAGGCGUUUGAAAAGGGAAACCGUUUUGCAUCGGGUUUGUCGGUCGACUACCAACGAUCGCUUAUCACCGUCAAGCCGGAAGGUAGCAGUCACACUUCGAUUGAAGGCGGAAUCGUAGUCAGUCACGCCAAGGUCGAAGCGCCUGCUGACCAUGUAGUGAGUGAUGCCGGUUUGUCUGGCGCAUCAGCAGGAGAAAAGCGUAUUGAGCCAGGCAAGAGGUUUAACACCGCACAGGUCGUCUGCCACGCUACCGCGCUCCCAUACGAGCUGGCGGACUGGAUUGUAUCGGAUGGCCGAUGGCGUAUCGUGUACUUCUGCGGCGACAUUCGCAAUGCUGACUGCAACGGUGAGAUGAAACAGGUUGGCGACUAUGUGGCUCAGCAGCUAGUGCCUCACUUCACGCCGAAAGAUCAAGACCCUGACUCGAUAAUCGAAGUGUUGACCGUUUCUGCUACACCGCGAGGCGAGAACGAGUUGCAAGACUACCACGAGGCUCUUCGCCCAUCUACAAGCCGUCACCAUCGCCCGACCGCCGAUAACACGUACAACGUUUCUGCAGACUAUCACAAGAUCUUUGUCGACGACGAUUCGUAUCACCAAGGUCACGGCCAGGCGUACCGAAAAUACGGAUUGCGACAAGAUAGAGGCACGCUUGUCGUCAUUCGACCCGACGGGUACGUGUCGCUUCUUAUCGCAGCUAGGCAGUACGAUAAGUUGGGAAAGUUCUUCGAUAAGGUCCUGUUACCUGCGAGUAAGCAUUUGACUCAUCAGCACACAAGGAUCAAGCGUGAGCAGGCAAAGUAUAUGCUUGUAGAGAGCGAGGAGGAAGUAAAGCCAAAGUUGCCAGCUAGGGCAGAGCUACCAACCAGCACGUUGGCGCGCGCUCAUUCACAAAAGACGACACAGGGGUCUGCCGCCCCUACGGCUGCUAUGUAG